GGUAGAGCAAGUGUAAGCUGCAUUGACUGCCAUUACUUUUUUCUUUGUUUUCAGUUAUGUUGGGCAAGAUGGCUCUUCAGAUCCUCAGAGGCUUUUGUACAGCUGCUAUGAUGGUGAUGCUGAUGAUGCUGACCAGCCCAGUGGCUAACUGUAGAGAUUCUCCACAGGAUUUCGUGUUCCAGUUCAAGAGCUAUUGCUACUUCACCAACGGGACGGAGCGGGUGCGGUCAAUAUCCAGAUACGUCUACAACCUGGAGGAGUUCGUGCGCUUCGACAGCGAAGUGGGGGAGUUCCGCGCGGUCACCGAGCUGGGGCGGCCGGACGCCGAGUACUGGAACAGCCAGAAGGACAUCCUGGAGCGGAAGCGGGCCGUAGUGGACACAGUGUGCAGACACAACUACAAGAAUGAGCUCCGCACGUCGUUGCAGCGGCGAGUGGAGCCAAAGGUGACCAUUUCCCCAUCCAGGACAGAGGCUCUAAAUCACCACAACCUGCUGGUGUGUUCAGUGACGGAUUUCUAUCCAAGCCAGAUCAAAGUUCGGUGGUUCCAAAAUAACCAGGAGGAGACAGCUGGUGUUGUAUCCACUCCCCUUAUUAGGAAUGGGGACUGGACCUUCCAGAUCCUGGUGAUGCUGGAAGUUACUCCACAGCGUGGAGAUGUCUACACUUGCCACGUGGAGCAUCCCAGCCUCCAGAGCCCCAUCACAAUGGAGUGGAGGGCACAGUCUGAAUCUUCAAAGAGCAAGAUGUUGAGUGGCAUUGGGGGAUUUGUGCUGGGGCUGAUCUUCUUUGGCUUGGGCCUUCUCAUCCGUCGCAGGAGUCAGAAAGGAAUUCGUGGUCCGCCAGCUACAGGGCUCCUGCACUGAGUUCCGAAUGCACUUUGACUGGGAUUGGCACUCACUCUUCUGCAAUGCCGGCCUGUCCCUGCUCAGAGUUCCCAGCCAGAGGCAGCCUGUCAGACCCCUUCGGAUAUCAGAGUCCUAUAGUGGCUUUAGUGCAAAUGCAAGCUCACCUCCUGUGACCCCCUCCCCAAUGAUCUUCUGUGACUCUGCUUCCUGUAUUGACCCUGGAGCCUCUGCCUGUGCACUGCCAGUAGUAUCUACUCAGACCUCCAGGGAUUCCUCUAUUUCUGUAGUUCCACCAAAGACUGCUCAAUAGAUGCAUUGAAACCA